AUGAAAAAUUCUUAAGGCUAAAAUAAGCUAUUAUUUAGCAAAAGAACUAGGACUACAUUAACAUUAAAUUAAGAAACUAAUUAGUCUUCAAAUUAAACAAGAAAAUCAUAAACUUAAGUUAUCAAUUUUAAUCAGUAAGAUGUUAAUCAGAAUCAAGAUAAGUUUUAUUAUUCAACUAGACAAGGCUCUCCAAAAAAGCAUAGGCAAACUAAAAGUAUAUAAUAGUAUAAUACAAUAGGUUUGGGUGAUACUUUAAUGAAAUCUACUUCAUAGAAAUCUAUAAAGACUUCUCAAAGAGAUUUUCAAGAGAGUAACCUAAUUAAAGAAGGGACCAUGUAUAAGAAGAUUUCUCCAAAAAUAAUCUUUUAAGAUAAUAAAAUAAAUGUUUAUUUUGUGAAGGAAAUCAAUAAAUUUACACAUUCAAAUGAAACAAAAAUAUCAUCUUAAGAUAUUGGUCAUAGAGAACAAACGAUAUAAGAAGUAUAUAAUCCAAGAGUUUCAAUAAAAGGGCCAAUGAUAUCUGGUUAAAAUUAAUUAUAAGCCAGAAUAACAUAAGGAAUUCUAAGUGAUCCCAAACAUUUGUUUGCAGUUUCAACUAAGAAGAUUAAACUUGAUAAAAAUGAGUCCUUGAAUACUAGUGUCAAGUCAUCCUUAUGUAAAUUGUUGAAAUUAUAUCAUUGA